AUGCUCUCCAUCGAAGAAAAAACCGGUUGCACUCAGAAGAAGAUAUAUCUUCACGUUCCCUUUGCCCACCACAAUCAAUCCGAAACUGUUAUGCAAACGUUGCAGAAGUACAUCAAAGGAGGACAGUUCAAUGAGCAUGUAUCUGCAGAAGGACUUGUGGCUGUUGUGACAGGGGCAAAUAGCGGCAUUGGUUUGGAAACCGUGAGAGGGCUCAGUCUUGCCAAAGCUAAGGUGUACAUGCUUUGUCGUAAUGAAGAACGUGGAGCAGAAGCGAAGAGCAAACUUGCACAGAUGGGUUGCGAUGCCACACGUCUCAUCAUUGUACGAUGCGAUUUGACAGAUUUCAGCAGCAUAAGAGAAUGUGCAAAGGAGAUUUUGAAAGGUCAGUGA